CAGAGCGGCUCGCGACGGUUGAAAACUCCAACGGCUGGAGGAGACGGAGCGGGACGGAGCGUCGCCAUCAGCCCCCCGGCAGCCGGCAGGCGGAGACGGCGCGUUGGAGAGUCUCUGCCCUCGUCUCCCGCUCCACCUCGAUCCAGUCUCUGUGAUGCCGGGCUGUGGGUAUGAACACCAGCCGUUUGUGUCCUGCCUGGCUGGACUCUAUGGCUGCCAGUGGAGGAGAUACCAAAGAGCGCGGGCGCAGCCCGGAGAGUGCUGCUGCAGCAAGGUGGAGUGUGGCAGCUUCGGGCUCCUGAUCCUCACCUUCUUCCUGAGUUUUGUUUUCCUUUAUUUCUGGAGCGAAGCUCAGAACGACUACAAUGACUUUGACUGGUUUAAUUUUGGGAAUCUGGGUUUCUGGUUCCCCUGGUCUCUGGUCCUGCUGGCCGUCGCUGCAGCUCUCUUCACGUACAUCGCCCUGCUACUGGUGUUGGCGGUGUGUCUGCUGUCUGAAGGUCAAAGGUUAUACCUCCACUGGAGCCACAAGACGGGCAUCAUGGUGACGCUGGCGUUCUCCGUCACGGCCACCGGGAUCCUGUCUGACCUCUGGAGCAAAGAGUGGAAAACUCUCCAGCUGUCCCUGCAGGUGACGGCUCCGUUCCUCCAUGUGGCUGCGGUCUCGCUCAUGGCGGUUCUCUCUUGGCCGACGGCGUUGCACUUUUUUCGUAUGAACAAGAAAGCCCGACAGGUCGUGGUUCUGGCUCUCUACCUGUCCUUCCUGUUCUCGCUCUACCUGGUUCCCCUCGGCAUGUACUCGCCCUGCAUCAAGGAGGCGGGAACUCUGGGACCAGCGCCCUCUCUCAUUGGUCACAGAGGAGCUCCAAUGCUGGCUCCAGAGAAUACGUUGAUGUCUUUUGAAAAGGCCGUCGAAUCAGGAGGAGAAGGCCUGGAGACGGACGUCACAAUAAGUUAUGACGGCGUUCCCUUCCUGAUGCACGACUCCACGCUGAGGAGGACCACCAACGUCGCCGAGGUUUUCCCCAAUCGGACGCACCUGGACGCCGCCAUGUUCACCUGGGCCGAGAUACAGCAGCUGAACGCCGGCAGCUGGUUCCUGCUGAGGGAUCCGUUUGGAACCGCAUCGGGCCUUUCUGAGGCGGAUCGCUCUCAGGCCCAGAACCAGUCCGUUCCCUCCUUGGCCCAGUUCCUGGAGGUGGCGGCCGCCAGCGGCAAGCUGGUGCUGUUUGACCUGCGCAGGCCACCGUACGGACAUCCCUACAGACGCUCCUACAUCAACAGAACUCUGCAGGUCAUCCAGGCCCACAUCAACUCCUCACAGGUGCUGUGGCUGCCGUCUGAAGACCGGGCUCUGGUGUCCGGUCUGGACCCGGCGCUGCAGCAGACGUCCGGACUGAAGGCUUCCAUCCAGGAGCUGACGGACGACGGCAUCAGCCGCCUGAACCUGCACUACAGCAGCAUGUCGCAGCAGCAGAUCUGUAAGCUCCAGUCGGUGAACAUCAGCACCAACCUGUACGUGAUCAGCCAGCCGUGGCUCUACACGCUGGCCUGGUGCGCCGGAGCCCAGUCCGUCACCACCAACUCCGUCCACAUCCUGUCCGGCGUCGACAAGCCGCUCUUCCUCAUGACUCCGGAGGAAUACACCCUGAUGUGGAUCCUGACCGACUUCGUCUCUGCCUUCCUCAUCUUCGCCAUUUUCACGUUCCACUGGUGGAGAGAGCGCGGUUUGCCCUUCGUGUCCGGUAGCCGGCAGACCAACGACAACGGACCGUACAGCAAGUUCAGAACCGAGCUGAGCGACGUUUGGUCCAUCUCCAGUGUCAACGUGCGACCCGACCUGCGGAGCUCUCCCAGUUCUCCCAGUAGCCCCCACCUGCCCACCAUUACAGAGGAGUGACUGGUUUUACAAACGUUAACAUCUCCAAUCAUGAACCGAACAGAAAAUUAUGGAGUUACAAAAGUAAAAAAGCAGAAAGUUGUUUCCUCCACUCACCCACUGGACUGCAUGACUGGACUAGUGAUCCAAACGCUGAGCUGACUGGUUCCAUCUGACUCAGUAAGAUCCAACAUGGCGCCAUGAAGGAGGGAAUCAUCUUCAUCACUUCUGGUCAGGAAAAGACUAAAGACCUCCGGCUGCAGUGAGAUCUGUAGAUACGGAGAAUGUUAUUAGUAUGAACGAGUUUCGUCUUUUAGUGUCAGGAUAAAAACGUUAAAAUGGAAAGGAGAUUUAUUGUGACAUUAUUUAUCCUCAGUAAAUAUGUAUGAAAAUAAUCUCCAUAAAUGUAACAUCAGGAUCUGCCAGACGUUGAUUUUAUACAAAUGUUUAUUGCUAAAUGUUUCCUGGACUCAAAACUUCAUCUUCUCUACAUUCCUCUGUUUGGAUAUUUAGAGGCCUGAUCAGCGAUCAGAAAGACUCCAGUAUUGAUUGACUGCUAAAUCUAAAAAUGACAAAAAUCAUAUGGAUUAUCUGUAAAAUGAAGCAAAAUUUAGGUUUUCAUCAAGAGAGGAGCUUGUUUUAAGUCAAUAAUUUCUAAAUAUUGAUAAACAAAACACCAGUCCCACAUUAUUGAAAUCAUAACUUGGGAAAAAUAUGUUAAAGUUGAUCAAUUUGUCGCAAGUUGCUUGAAGACAAAAAGUCGCUAAACACUGCAACAAAUUGACAAAGUUGGCAAUGUUGAUUCCCCUCAUCCUGAAUAUGAGUGGGUUAAGUCCCUCCAUAAAGCCACGCCCAUAACCACGCCCCCAGUGUCGCUCAGCUCCGCCCACUUCGGUGGAAUUCUUUGGAAAAUGACCAGGGGGCGGAGCUAAACUUUUAGAUACACUUUUACAGCAUAUUAACGCUCUGAUUGGUGUGUCUACCUACUUUACACUGCAAAAACAUAAAAACUUACCAAGUAUUUUUAAUCUAGUUUCUAGUGAAAACAUUUUAGUAAGACUAAACUAACUUACAGUUUGUUUUAAGUCAAUAAUUCCUGAAUAUUUAUUUUUUUAAAAAGUACUAGUUCCACUGCAGAUCAUUUUUUUUGUUAUAAGUUAAACAGUGGAAGUAAUAUUUUUUUCUUAUCAAUAUUGAGGAUUUUCUUAGAAUAAGCUUAGAGAAAAGUUACUUUAAAGUUAGUUUUGUCUGAUUUAAAGUGUACCAAGAUACGUGCACUGAAAAUUAGAUCAAAAUACUUGGUAGAAUUUUGUGUUUUUACAGUGUACUAUUAGCUGUACACUGUUGGACUGACAGACUGAAUGUAGACUGGAGAUUAUUUAGUUUUUUUCAAACUGAAAUGAAUGUACGUCUUUCUCCAAAGAGACUGAAAACUUGUUCUGAAAUAAUUUCUGAUAUAAUCUGAAAAUAUCACCAAGUUGUUCAAAUGAGGCAAUUUUAUUUUUACCUUCAAAACUAUUUUAAAUCUGCAAUCCAGAUAAAAAAUAUUUAGAAAAGCAGUUUCUCUUAAGUUUUAAAUUGUGAUUCUGUAGAGAUAAAUUAGAAUUUCCUAGCUGAUGUGAUGUCAUCAUGUUUUUAUCUCAUCAUUAUUUGUGUUGAACAUCGUAGCUGAUCUUUAGGCUAGGCGUUUAUUAAGCUACAGUUAUGACAGCACAGCUCUAUUUAUUCUAUUGAAUAUGACGUUUUCCACCGUACGACCGUUCAUUUUUAGCGAGCGAGUCUGGUGACAAUGCAGCGCCGCCGCCGCAUUGGUUUUCCUCUGGAGAUGCUUUGCAUUUUGAGCUUUGCAUGUGUUGGAUUUAUCCAGCUCUUCUUGUUUUAUAGAUCCAGAUGCUACUUUUAUAUCGGUUGAAGCUCACGCUGAUUAUUUGUUCGUUGUGUGUUUGGGGGGAAUCCAGAUGUUCAUGUGUGAUUUUCCAGUUUGAGACGAGCUUUGAAGCCGUCCUCUCUGGAUUUUAAGAUUGACUUAAUCUUAAUAAUAAAAAACGUGACGGAUGUUUUGGGAAUAUUUGGACAAAACAAUUUGGUUUAAAAACUUUGAAGAGAAAAAACCAGUUUUAGCAGCUGUAAAGUGUAAAUGAGGCAGAUUUUUACAUGCAUGCUGCUGAUCUGCAUGUAUAAUUACUAGAGAAAAACUAAAGUUGAUUGUUUCUUUUUGUUGCACAUUCAAAAGCCUCAUCAGAGGAAACAAAGCUGCUUGUGUAUGUAUAUUUUUCAACGAUGAAACUCAAACAUGUUUAUAUUGCGGUUUGUUUUGGGUUUUUUGGGGGGUCAGAAGUUUAAGAGAAAUGAAAAUGUCCCUGAAUUUAUGAGAUUAACUGAAACUAUGAGCAAAAUGUAAUUUUAUUAGAGAGACUUUAUUUCUUAUAAUUAAAACUUAACAGCUACACUCACUGCGAUUAUUUACAAGAGUAGAUUUGAAAUUUAUAGCCAAAAAAGAAGAAAAAAAUAUUAGGAAUUGUUUUUGUUUGGGGAAAUAAAGCAUUUAAAUGGUAAUUCUCAUUAUUAAAACUGCCGACAUUUUGUUUAUUUUCUUUUGGGAAGCAGGAAAAGUUUCUCAUCUUGAAGCUUAAAGACUUUUCUGACCCAACAGUAUGAAAUGUGUGUUGAACAUAUUGACGUUUCUGCUUCCUAAAUGAUCCUCAGAUCAGAUUUCAGGAGAGAAACAGAAACACUACGGCUUUUGUUUUCUAAUUUAAUAAAUUUUAAGGACAUUUGAUGAAAUUUCUGCAUUAGUGAGCUGUAAUUGAUCAAUGAUUUUCAGUAGAUAAUGGUGAAAAAUUACUUAUGUAAUGAAGUAAAUAUUAAGAUCAUUAAAGUAUUAUUACACA